AUGAAUACAAUUACAGAAGAAGAGAGAUCGGGUACGAGUUUGUGUAUGUUGAUAUUGUUGCAGAAUCAGUGUUGCUGUAAACGUAUUCAGGCUUUUCAGAGCGUUAUAAUAUAUCGAGUCAUCGACUGUCAACAAAUAUUUAAUUUUUUGGUUUACAUUUUCCUGCAUUAAUAUCGAAGCUUCAAUAAAUAGUUUCUUGCAAUAUUCUGCCUAAUCUUAAUAGUUGGCAUGUAUACAUUAAGUACGUUGUUUGUUUUUGGUCUUUAGAAGAACCGAAAUCGAAGGGAAAACGAAAACAGGAGCUACGUACGUCGACUGACAAUAUUCUUCUCGAGCAGCCAAAUCGUGUUAGUGAACUGCUAACCAAUACUUUGAAAGAAGCAGAAGAAUUGUUUCCUAACAAAAAGAAAAGGGUUAAAAGGAGAAAGGCGAAAAAGGACGAACACUUUGUGACCAAUGGAACAACGAAGGACGUCGAGUGUACAAUCACAACAGAAAAAGUAAAUAAUUUGUAUGCAAAAGGUUUUCACUACAGCCUGAAUCAUCUAAGAGGAAUCAGCAAUUAAGUGAUGAUUCCUCUUGGCUCUUGCUGAUUCCUCUUGGGUGAAACAGGCUGUAGUAGGAAUCUUUUGGAGGUAACAAAACAACCCUAAACUCUCUAUUAAUUAGCCCCCCUCUCAAAUAAGCCCACCCCUCCUAUUAAGUGCUCCCCCCUUUUCACACAAAAACACAUGUCUUUUGAUUAGAUUUGUUGAUUUUCUUACACCACUUAGUUUUUAUAAACAAAAUUAUUUAUUUACGGUCACAGAUAAAUAAAUAUAAUUCAUGUAACGAAUAUACAUGACAUAAAUUGUUUACAGUUGAAUUUACUUUAAUUUAAGAAACACAAGCAAGAAAUAGAAGUGGAGAAUCCAGUGUUAAUACCAGACAAAGUGCUGAUAUAGAACAUUUAUUACCCAAUGAGAAUGAUGACUUAUUUGAAUUUGACGAAGGCAUAAGUUAUGAAGGUAUACAUCUACAUUGUAGUAUGUACUAUUGGAGUUGGGGUUAGGCCAAGUAAAAAAAUAACUUGGUUAGCAUCCCCGCCCGACCAGUGAAAAAGCUCCCGACCCAAUUUUUAAAAAGUUUAAAUUAUUUUAUAUAAAUACCUCAGAAAUCUUCUAUUCCGAAAGAAUUUGUCCACUUUUAUAAAUAAACCAACAAAUAUAACAGCCAGCAUUACAUUUGUCAGCAGUUGACUAGCUGGGGUGUGCCCAGCUAGUCAACCGUUGAUUGCUAGAAUCCGCGAUAUAUUAAAUAUGCUCAUAUUUUAUAUCCCUGGGAAUGAGGCUGAUUUUAUAUAAGUGCAAAUAAAUUUUUUUUUAAAAAAAACCUUCCUCCGACCCUAAAAAUUAGGAAAAAAGGGUGCUACAUAUGAAGUUAUUUUUUACGGAUGACCCUUGGUACAGUAGAUCAGUUUUAGAAAGUUCUCAUAGAAUAUAUCUAAUAUACCUUUAUAUAAAAAUUAUUGCUGUAUUAGGACUGUUCGGUAUACCGAUAUACCGAAAAUAUCGGUAUUAUAUCAGUAUCAGUAUAUCGAUACCAGACAUUCAACCAUACCGAUAUACCAAAAUUUUGGAUAUACUGGAAUUUUUCGGUAUACCGUGUUAAAUUUACCAACUAUAUGGCGAAACCAUAACCUUUAUUUUACUACUGAAUGGCAAUUCAAAAGAACUUUCUACUGCAAUGAUUUAGAAUUUCCACUUCAGUGCGAUUUUACACUGAGUAUGUGCAUGUCGUUCAAAACAUGUUCGAAACAGCUUCGAAAUUAUUGUUUUGAAUUCCCUUUUAGAUAGAAUUACUCAAAAUUUCCUUCAAACUUCCAUUAAAGAAUUUUCCUUUAUAAUUAUCAAAGGAAAACCGAUGUACCGAUAAUAUAGGGUAUAAUUUUUUCGGUAUACCGAUACUGGAAAUUUCUCAUACCGAACAUUCCUAUGCUGUAUCAGGUUAUUGUUAUUAAUAGUUUUUACUUGUUAUGACAUAGAUGAACUAACCAGUGUUCUUGUGGAUUGUGAGAAUCUCUGCAAUGACUUAUCUACUGAUGAUACUGUCAAAAAAUCGCAGUGGGAGAAAAGAUCAUUAAACAAUGAAGCCAAUUGGGCGAAUUGCAGAGAAGAACUUUUUUCUGCUGUUCUUGGUUCACUGGUUGUUCCUGACGAUAAGGUUGUUUGUAUGCUCUGCCAAAAAGAAUGUGCACUUAUCAAGUGUGGUGAAUGCAAGCUCCAGUAUCUUUGCCCUGGAUGUGAUGAUGUAGUGCAUACAGAUAACCCUUUGCAUGACAGAGAAUAUUGGUCCAAGAGAUUUUUCCAGUACCUGCAACCAACACAAGGUGUUUCAUAUGAAGGAAAACUUAUUUAUAAAGGUAUAAAUAAUUAAUAAUUGUGUCAGGCAGUUCAUUAUACUGUAUAUGCUGCAUAUGGUGUAUUAUAUAUGGUGCAUAAUUUUUCUGUAUAAUUAUGUAUUCUAGAGAAAAAAUAUGGGGUAUUGUAUAGUACAGGCAUGAAAUUAAAGAUUUUCAGUUCAUUCAAGAAGGAUAUUGGGAUUUUAAACCUGGUAUCCAAUGCAUAUCAAAGCCAGUCAGUCAAAUCAGAUAAAAUGGUGGAAUUUUGCAAACUGUCACACAAAUGCUACCAUUAUAUUUGGGAAUUAUCCUUUUAGAAUACUGGUCUCAUUAUAUUUAAUAUCAAAAUGUAAAACCUAGACCAUAUACUGUACUAACUGCAAUUAAAUUUCAAGUGUUGAAUAGUAACUACAGUAGAUAGAGUUUGAAUCACAAAUAGAAAUAUAAUCCACUCAUUCAGUUACUGCAAUUUUGUCCUAAUGUUAGGUUUAGGAAUGUUCAUCAGUCAGGCUUGUAUUUAUUUAUUUAUUUAACUCUGCCAACUAGGGCAGGGUCACCAUAACAGCAUUUACAUAACACAAAUUACUGUGAGCCCUUUUUAUCUAACCCGCCCUGUCAACUUUCCAUGUGGGAGGAAACCCGCCCUGUCAACUUUCCAUGUGGGAGGAAACCCGCCCUGUCAACUUUCCAUGUGGGAGGAAACCCGCCCUGUCAACUUUCCAUGUGGGAGGAAACCCGCCCUGUCAACUUUCCAUGUGGGAGGAAACCCGCCCUGUCAACUUUCCAUGUGGGAGGAAACCGGAGUACCGGGAGAAAACCUUUGGCAGAGCAUUGACUUUUUACUCUUUUCACACGAGGACUGGGUUUGAGUUGCACUGAGAAAGUUCUCACUGAGAUUUGAACCUGCGACCUUGAAAGGCAAGUGCGCUUACCUAAUCACUUCACCGUCAAAGCCCCAGGUAAACCGUCUAGAUACGAGAAUGUUGUAACACUGCAUGUCCAGAUACGAGGUUGCACCAUGUACAUGCAUUUCCAUCAAAUUGUUUUCAUCAAUUGAUUAUAUAUAGUAUAUACCAUAUAUUUUCCAGGUAUACUGUACUAAUGUAACACAAAUGUGAACAUUUGUUGGUAUAUACAGUAGCUUGUGGCCAGUCUGUCUUGAUGUUUGGUAUUAUUCAGUAAAUAAAUACAGUAAUUUUAGAAAUUAAUGAUACUGUAUUUGGUGAGGAAAUUGAACUUGAUUAAUUAAAGGUUAUUGUAUGAUUACAUGUAUCCACUGUAAAUCCUAUAUUUGAUACAAGUCAUGUACAUGUCAGCUUUUGUUGUUUUUUUCUAGAGCGUUGUUGUCCAUUCAUGUUUCAAGACCGUUGCAAAUCCUGUGGAAAUGCAGCCUUGAAGCAAUGUAUUUCAGAUGAGAUGGUCAUGUUAAUCACUAUGAAAGGUACUUACAGUAUUAUUUACACACUAUUCACAUAUACUUUUCUUAUUGCAUGUGACUUGUGAAAACAUGUUACAUGUACUAUUAAUAUAGUUAUGUACAGUUAUAGUUGGUGUUAUAAUUUUUUUAAAUACUGUACAGUACAUAUACAUGUAUUUGAAAAAAUGAUUACAGGUAAUGUGCCAUUGUUAGGAAGAAAGCACAUCAAUCAUAAUUAUGAUGUUAAGUGGCUCAUGCAAUCAUCUUGCUAUGUAUCACUUCUUAGGGCGCUAUGAUCUUCACUGGUUUGGCUUACUGUGUGACGAAUGUGGGAUAAUCCAGUCACCAAUGUCCAUGAAGAACAUUUUGAGAAAUGGCUUUUGGCCUGGUUCGCCUUGUAAUAUCAAUUACUUAUUUGACCAGGAAGUAUUUCGGGUGUGGGAGGCCUUUCGCAUGCGGAUGCCAGGAUCAUCUGAAUCUGCUUUUAUCAAAGCUUUGGAGGAUAUAUCAUUGCUCAGGGGAAGGGUAAUUUUCAUAAUCUUAGUACAGUAUUUGUUUUGGUUUGCGGAAAACAUUACAUUAAUAUAUGAUACAGUAUGAGCUUACAGAUUAAAAGCUUUGCAAUUAUAAUGAUAUAUAUAUAAUGUUUCUACAAACCAAAACAACACAAAUAUAACUAAAAUUAUCAACAUGCAAAACUACAAAGAAGUUAUGACUACAUCGUUUUGUUAGCCAGUCUGGCUAACAAAAAGAUGUAGUCAUAAGGCAGUAUUUGACUGGAAACUUCUCUCAGACUGACUCUCACAAUGCAAUUUUGGCCAAUUAGUUUAUUUAUUUAAAUAGUACUAAUAGUAUUAUUACGUCUUGAAUGGUUCUUUUUAUUUUGGUUUUAAUGUUCAUCUUGUUAGAAUGGUACAAUAAACCCAACAACAUUUAGAAAAGCUGUAUCUGAAUGGCGAUACUGCCAACAUGAGAUAGAUAAGCUGCAAGGUAUCUGUUGGUUGGAUUGUCCUCCAUGUCAUGUUUCACAACAUUCGGCCCAUGUAGAUGGUAACCAGAAACUAUACAGAUUUAAGAAUGUCCCAAGGUAUUGUGCAGUAAAGCUACCGUAAAUUAUUUUUACUGCAGGUGCAAUUCAGUACAAUACGAGUUUUUUGUAAACCCUGUCAAUAAUAAAUUAAUAAUGUCCAUUUACAAUUUAGGUUAAUUUGCAGAUGCAUGUAUGUGUAGUGUAUCAUCGUCAUUGCCUACAUGUACAUGAAUCUUCAUGAUGUCUUCUAUUAGUUAACGUAGUGAGUGGUACUCUGCAUAGGCGUCGGAAGAUCGAUAAGUGGGGGGGGACCAUAUUCAUAUGUUCGUGUUCACAGACCUUAAAAACAAUCGAUUUCAAAAGAAAUUAAUAAUGCAGAACACCAAUAUAUGAAUAUGGUACUCCCCCCCCCCCACACUUAUCGUUCUAUCGACGCCUAUGGUACUCUGUGAGAGAUAUUUCCCACUCUACAGUUUUGUAAUUAUUGUUUUGUUUUUGGUAGAGGUAACAGAUCAUCGUACUAUGAAGAUCUUUUUAUUAAACCCAAUGCGGAGGUGGACAAACAGAUUAUUGAAGUAUAUCAACUUGGAACUAAAGAGGUACGGUACAAGUACACUAACAUACAAAAUAUGAGAUGGAGUUUAAAAGGUAACGAUAACGACAACACCGACGAAGAGAAGAUGGUGGAGACUAUGUACAAUAGAUAAUGCGCGAUUGUAUAGAAGUAUAAUAUGAAGAUAAUACAUAAAACUUUUCGAUUGUGCAUAAUGCAUAGUAUACUGAUGUGUAUUAAUUUCUACAAUAGGUUAAUAGCAACGUUUGUGGUGACUCACACUGGAAAGCAGCCAAGGCAACCAGCAAGAGCAAAAAAAAGCAAGACGAAACUGGUCUGGAAAUUGCAUGUUGCCGUCACAGUAUUGCCCAGGCAGCAGUAAACAUGUUUCGUGGUGAGAUAUAUGGGUAUCCUCAUUACUUGCAUACACGUGUUCUUCUCCCCAAGCAAGUUAAAUUCCUGUGGGAGGAUGUCAUUUGCCUAUAUUGGCCAUGGGCAGUUUCAAACACACCAGAAGCGUAUGUGGAUGCUCUUGACAUGGUGCCGGCGCUGUCUGUCAUGCAUGGAAAAUCUCACUCCUGGAAUUGUCAGGUACUGUUUAUAAUACAAUAUAUAAUAGAAAUCGUACUCAGUGAAAAAAUAAUUAAUUAUAUUGUUUUCAAAAUGUUUACCGACAUUUGGUUUGAAUAUUUCACUUAUCAGUUCAAUUCUGAGUCUUGUUUUCAGAAGUAACUUUUAUAUGCCUGAAUGUGUACAGUACUGCAAAACUUUAGAAAAUGAAAUUUCGGAAGAAGAUUUGUAUAUAAAUAAAUUUGAAAAUUUUUUUUCGUGGAAUUGGCGGGGGAAGGGGGGGGAUUGGGGGACAUUGACAACGACUCGAUGCUUUUGUAUUUAGGAUAACAAUGUUUAAAUAAACAAUAUUUUCUAACUUUGUAGUUUACCUGGGGUGGAAGGUGGCAACAAGGGGCUGCAAAUGGUCCUGGUGAAGAAGCUGAGCAGGUUAACAGCUACAUCUCCCGCCUGGGUUCGACAACAAAAAGAAUGUCAGCUGCUGGUAAAUAUAUGUCGAUUACAAUAUGUGCUGAUAUAUUCGGCAGUAUAAAAACUUUACAAUGCGAGACAACUAGAUUUUUAAUACAGUAAUAGGCUUGUUUCAAACGUCGAAUUUGUCCUAUCAAUUCACUCAUAUUUCUAGGUCAACUGAAACCUGCGGGAAAAACUCGUUAAGUUUUUCAUUUUAAAUGUGUGGAACUAAAACUCGUUCUAGUUUAUUAGCAGAUUUUAUAUUUGGCCGACCCCAAGUAUAUACUGUAAGUACAUAACGCGGUACAAAACGUCAAACGUGUCAUUUAUUGCAUUCAACUCAUGCUGAAUUCCACGUUUGAAACAGGCUUUGUAAUUAUCAUUACUGCAUGGCCAAUAGCAUUUUCCAUACAGAAAUUUUAUGUAAAUAAAUAUAGCAGUCAAGUUUUCUUGCAAACAACUAUAUAUUAUAUAGGUCGUGAGGAAGCUCUCACUGAACAUGUAAUGGGGUGGAACAAGAGGAAAAUAUGCAAUCUACCGAAGUAUUUAGCAAUACGUUAUGCUAAGGUAUUUGUAAACUUUUUGUCUUAUUAAAUAUUGUUCCUUUACUUUAAGCGAAUGCAAUAUUGUAGUUUUAAACUGUGUAUUUAAUCACAUUAAAAUCUUAAUUAUGCUAUAUCCUUUUUUCAAUUUUUAAAGACUAUCAAGAUAUUAGACGCCAAGAGUAAGGAAUUUGAGACAGUCUGUAAUGAUUUCAGCUUGGAAGGAACAAGUGAUGAAAUGAUGUUGGAAUGGAAACGCGAGGUUCAAGAUUUUGCAAAGGGUAUAUAUUUAUUAUUAAGUUUUGCUUUGAAAUAAGUAAGUUGCAAAUAUUACAACACACUUUGAUUUGUGGGAAUAAUGGUUUGUUUAUAUUGUUUAGAAAAUAAAGAGAAACCCGCUGGUGAAAUCGGGGAAUAUGAAAAGUAUUUCCUACUACAUCAUCAAGUUAAUGACGCAACCUUACUUGAGGCUUUUUCAUCUGCUAGUGAUGAACAGACACGUAAUUUAAUCGGUUAUACGCAAAUGCACUGUCUUGUGAACACGAAAAGGAAAAACCUGGAGAAAAUGAAGGAAGAGUUGCAAGAAAUCGAGGUUUCUCUAAUGGAACGUGAGGAAGGUUCAACUGAACAUUUCUUGUCGAUCGGAAAGCAACGGCUGGCAAUUAGUACCAUGCAAAACUUGCAAAGAAAAGCUGAAAUGACUUACUUUUCUUUACAGAAGAGGACAGCCGAUAUAUCUAAGUUAGCUGGUACGUUUUAUGGUGAUGAAAUGUGGUUGUGAAUAGUUGUUAAACAUUUGAUUAUCAAGUACAGUAGAUUUGGUCUCUUAUUUCGGUUAAUUGUAUUAUUGUAAUGCGGUGUAUACAAGCUAUUAACCCGAUAUAUAAAUAUGCUGUCUUCCAUCAAAUUACUAUUUUUCAGAUCGAGCAAAAAUGAGGUCUAGCAUGCGGAAGAAAAUGAGUAAGGAGAAAGAAGAUCUGAGGAAAAUUGUUGAAGAGAUCAAUUCGUAUUCAGAAUUAUGCAAUGUCGAAAAGAUAUCUGUAGAAGACAUCAAUGAAGGAAUAUUUCCUUGGUCGCAGACCAGCACAACAUCCAGUGAGAUUAUUUUCACUGUACAUUGUUCACUGUAAUUAAUAUAGUAUUUGUUGUAAUAAUACCACAGUGAAUGUACGUGAUUGGUGACAGUUCGAAAUAUCAAACAGGCAUGCGUUACAGUAAAUGCCACGACAACUAUACGUACAUGUAUACGAGUAAAGAAACAGCUAUACUUACAAACUGUACCAUUUUUACUGCAAUGCAACAGUACACGUGAAAUAAAUGUACUGUAUCAGUACAUGUAUGUAUGAAAGAAUAAACAUUUACAUCAAUUUUCCCAAUUAUGUUCAGUUAUAUACAAUGUCAAAGGCUUGCGUGAAAGUAUUUAUUGCAUAAGUCGUUGCACUAUAUGACGUUCGACCCCAUGAUUUUAGUAAUCACUUGCAUCCCUUUAUUGCUUUAAUAUUUACUUUUUUAUGUUCGUUAUAGGUAACGUCCCAAUCAGAGUAAAGGCAGCAGUCGUUGACAAGUUCGUUGGAAUUCAGCGUGUCAAAGAGGAAAAGGUUUUGCUAUUAAAGGAGAUGACUAAUUUUAUGACCUUCUACAGAGAUGAUGUUUUACCAAAACUUCGCGAACAGGAUUCUCAAAUAAGAGAUACGAUUGGUACGGUGUAGUUUUGGAUUUUGACUAUACUGUCCACGCGGCCGACAAAUAGACCAAAAUGUUAAACUAUGGUACACUUAUUUCUGUUUAAACAUUGUAAUAUUUUACAGAUGCGAUUGUCAACCCACUCGAACAUGAAAUGGAACAGGUAACAAACAUACAUACAUAACACACAGGUUGUCACUAUAGCCUUUUUCAUCCAUAUUUCAAAAACUGGACUGUCAUGGGUAUUUAAAUAGUGCGUGUACAUUAUUCCUUUCGUUCAUAAUUCAUGAGCAAAACACAAAGGAAAUCGCCUUCGUAUCGUUGUCUUUCUACUAUGGUAAUAAACGUCCAUAACGUUUAAUUUGUCUUCAAAUACAAGUCGGUUCGAAAAUUUAAAAAUAAUCUCGAAAGCUGUGUACUAUACUGGCCUAUAAAACACUUCAAAGUAUGUGAAAAAGUGCCUCAUCUUUUAACACACUUUUCGGUGUUUCGUACGCCGGUAAUAUACGUUUUCUCAUAAAUGUAAUUUACUAAUUAUGAAGAUUUUCCCAGGAAUUUGCGCGUGGCACCUCUAUACCAAAGUAUGAAGUGAAAACAAGCUCGAUUCCAACACUAAAGGGAAAGCUCUCUGUAACGAGUGCUGGAAGAUGGUUUGCUAAACUGCAAAUGAAGAAGGGAGUCGAACACUUCCGACAUUGUGGCGAUGAAGAUUUUGACCUCGGUUUGGAAGAAGAGGAAGUUAUGGAAGACGAAUUUGGAGACGAUGAGUCGUCAUCUGGAGAGGAGGAAAGCGACACGGAAGAAGAUGCAAACGAAGACGUAUCCAACCUAUUUGAUUUGAGUGAAAUAUUGAUAUGAAGGUCGAGUCGAAUACAAUAUAAUCAAUGACAGUGAAGCUUGUGGGACAUAUUUGCAAGAUAAUUACGCUUGUUGAAACUUUUUAGUAUGCUGUAGAAGGCUGUUAUUUAUUACUCUCUACUGCGGAACAUUAAAAUAUUAGUCUAUUAAAGUUAACUCUCUGACAAUUUAAUGAUCUUAUAUAGCUAUCUGCAUCUCACUAUAGGACACAAUCAUUACAUUAAAUUUGAGGGAUCUUUGAGAACGCGUUUUUACAAUCUCUAACUUAAUUAAGC